CAUGACUUGGUGUGUGAUGAAAUUUUACAGUUUUAAGAAAAACAACUCCAGUUAGGUUUCAUGUCAGUGACUCACAUUUGCGCAGUGCCAACCCGGCGACAUUCCUGAGGGAUAAAAAAAAAAUCCAAGAGCUGUUGAGAGUCAGUGUGCUGUGUUAAAUGCUCAACCGGGUACAGACCCGUUUGACGGGACGGACGGUUUUUUAAAGAUGAGUGUGAGUAUUCCUACUCGACCUCAUUCCUACACUGAAACCAUCUCCUGUGCGCCUGGGUCGCACACUUCUCUCGGUCAGAGUGUAGGACAACACACACACUCACACACACUCACACACACACACACACACACACACACACACAGCUGGGACAGGUCGAUAAAAGUGCUGGGACUAUUUCUUAACGGUAUGUUUUCAUCGGCCACAUAAUGAGAGGCUGAAGAAGAAACUCUCUGGAAUUAAUUUACUUAUCCAAGAAGGCUUUUGUCGUUCCGGUGGAUCAUUCAAAACACAAUGGAUCAGGAGAACACAAUGGACUUUAAAGCCCUGAGGGCCAAGUUCCAGGAUCAAGAAAUACUCCUGCAGCAGCAACCCAGGAUCAAACCUGCUCUCCCAGAGAAACCAAAGGUUGUCCCUCCUCCCCAGAGCCCCCCUCACUACCUCCCUGCAGGAGCACGCCCUUCCCUGCUCACCUCCAUCAACGAGAGCCUGGAAGGGAAGGCACUGAUUGCCCCCAGAGUGGUCUUCAAGGAUGACACAAAGGAGAGCAAAAUGCCUCUCAUCCCGGCUAACUCUCAGGGAAAAAACAAGAGUGAGGGGAAGUUGAGAAAGGGUAAAGACAAGACAACAAAGGGAAGCAAAGAGAAGCUUGAUGAGGAUCCAUCUGAUCAAAAGCAGAAGAAAGAGCACAGUAAGGACAAAAGGUUCUCAUUGCUCCAUGUAGCACCUAAGGAGAGCACUUCAGAGCUGGUGCCAGCCACGCCUCCACCUAAAGCAACAACAUCAAAGAAGAAGGGCUUCCUGGUUUUCAAGAAGUCAUCUAAAAGAAAUUCAGUCGAGGUUCCAGAAAAUCCGAUCCUAGAUGCCCCUAGCUCAGACGUUCCUGUUCAAGCUCCGCUUAUCCCAGUACCUUCUGAAUUCAGUGAAGUACCACCAGAGCCUGAAAUCUCUGCACCAAAGGCCCUUCUACCAAACAUCCCCACCUUACUUGACUCCAGUGCUGCAGUGGAAAUUACCCCGCCCUCCACUGUCCCUGCCUUUGUUCCUGAUAUCCCGGCUGAUGUCCCAACCCCAGAGAGUGAAACCCCAAUUGAGAUAGAAACUCCUGCCCUGCCCAUUUCCAGGCCUGCCAGCCAAAAUGAAAUUAUUCCAAGUCCCCCUGACGCUGUCCCAACCCCUCCACCCAGUCGUGCCGUCUCUGGUCCUCCCCCAGUGGCCUCCACUCCCUCUCCAUCACUUCCUGAGCCUGAGAUUGCAGCAGAGGCUGGUGCAGAGGCUGUAAACAUAGUUGCAGUGGAGCAGCUCCUAGACCCUCCAUCCAUUCCGAUGUCUCCUAAAGACGAGCGUCCGAUCUCAGCCCUCUCAGUCCUGGAGAGGGCGGAGGACAUAUACCCAGCGAAAAGAACUUCUCAGUGUGACCAGAGGAUCUUCAAUGCUCUGGAGAAGGCCCGCAGGAAGACUAGCCCGCUGACACACCCCACCUCCUCCUCCGUCACCCCACCUCCAGAAGAUCUCCCCCCUCCUCAGAGUCCCACCUGCUCUCUCCCAGAUCUCCCACCCAUUGAUUAUGAGGAUCGGGGAGGUAACGCCCUCCUGAAAACGGCACAACUUAACGGCUUUGACCACCGGCAAGUCUCUCCAGUGUUGGAAGGUAUCACUGAGGAAGGGUCUGACGCUGUCCCAGAGCUGUUGAUGGUUCCACCUCCUCCACCCAGGAAGGUCCUCCCAGACCAUGAAUCUCUGGGUCCUGCUCCAGCGAAGCCAGACAGACCUCCUUCUGUCAACUUGAGUGAAUUCAUUCCUUCUCCUCCUUCUCUGGAAGAUAACGAGAUCCCUGCUCCUCCUGAAUUCUCAGAGACUGACACCACGGAUCUCCCAGAGUUUGACGAUGUGGCUUCAGAUGCUCACUCUUCCAGUCUGCAGACGUCAGACUGGGGGAAUGGAGAGUACACUGGCCCAGAUAGUCCAGAUGUACAGAACAUGCCAGAGUUUUACAGUAACGGUAUAACUACUCCAGGAGCUGAGGUUCAUGCAGCACUAGACCGAGAUACUCCACAACCAGAAUCCUCCUUCCUUACCUCUCAGGAAUCUUCCCCACAGGCAGAGCUUCAAGCUGGAGUGAACAACGAUGUCUAUGAGAGCACAGAAAAUGUGUAUGAGGACAUUGCCACAUCUGCCACCAAGAAGAAAGGAAAGACUGACGGUGGCAAGAAACGCAAAGGACCACCAAAGAAUCCUUACGCUGAGGCACAACAGGAAACAAAUGAAGAGAAAAGCAAGACGGGCAGGUUUGGCAAGAUUGACAAGAAAGCCGCUGCAGAAGGACCAGAUGAGAAAGAGCUGAAAAAGAAAGAGAAGCAGCGCCUGGAAAAGGAGAAGAAGGAGCUAAAGGAGAAGCAAGAAAGGGAAAAGAAGGAGCAAAAAGAGAGGGAAAAGAAGGAGAACGAGAUGAAGAAGAAAUUCAAAAUCACAGGACAUGAGGAUGCCAUGUACGAGGCAAAAGUGACUGCGACGACCAAGGGACGUAAGAACGAUCUGCCCGUCAAGAGCGGUGACAUGAUCAGCAUCAUUCGAACUACCAACUGUCCCAAAGGGAAAUGGCUGGCCAAGGACAGCAGCAACAACUAUGGGUAUGUUUCAGUGGAUCAUGUGGAGCUGGACAUCAAGGAGAUGUUGGAGCUGGGAAAAAAGGCUGCAAUCACCCGCAUGGGCAGCAACAGCAAUGUAAUUGAGCCGGAGGUUACCAGCACAGGCAGCAGGGCCUCAAACCACUAUCCACUAUCAGCAGAAAGUUUCUCAGAUGACAGUGAGGAAUGGACCGGUGAUGAUGAUGAAACUCUCUCCCCUCCCCCUGAAACUGCUGCUCCAAUGGGCCACACCAGGACACUCUCAAUGCCAGACAUGGGUAACAAAGACCUCAGCGUAAACCACCAGCACAGUCGCAGUGAAACCAGCUCAGAUGGCUCCCAAGCAAGACAUGAAGCACUUCAGAAGUUGGCCACAUUUUUCCAUUCACCCAAACCUGCUGAGCCAGCUGCCAGCAGCACUGAACCAGAACCAGAGACAAGCCCUGUGCUUGUGAAGGAAGAAGCAGUUCACCUGCCUGUAGCUGUUUCCACACAGGAAAUGGAUUUUGAUCAAACUGAUAUCCUCAUUUUACCUCCUCCUCUUCUGUAUGCGGACUUGACUGUUGAGUGACAAUCCUAAAACAAGCAGAACAAAUAUCAGCCAGGCAGAGGAAACAGGAUUUGUCUAUGGUGUUAUUCUUCACACUGUGACCUGCAUCAGUUAUCUAAUACUGUGACAGUAACUUCAUCUUCUUGACUAUGACCUUAUUUACCUGUUGACUGCAUUUAUGGAUCAGUACGAUGAUUUACAAGAGGAACAAGAUGAGGGGAUUUCUCGACAAGCAAUCUCUUUGUGCGCUUUCUCCGAAGCAUUUGGUGUGAAACCAGUGGGGGACAGUUUGCCCGGUGGCUACGAGUGACUUUGAACCUUGGACCAAGGUGAUCUGCUGAUCCCAGGAAAGGACUUACAAACUGUUGCAGACACACACACACACACAGGCUUUCUGGGUACAGUGACUCUGGAGGCACUUGUAGGGAAAAUUACACACCUCAUGUGCAUUUACUAGAAAGACAAAUCUAUUAAAAGUGGUGGAAAUAUGGGGAGGACGUACAGACCAAGGUAUUUGUCAGGUUCACCAUUCUGAGGAAAAACAAAGCAAACACGUGACAAACAGGGAGAAUUGUUUACUAAACAUUUUAAUCUAUGUUUCCAGUAAUCAAUAGAUUUUCUCCUGCCGAAUUGUUCCUCAGGCUCAACCACUUAUGCACAAUCCUUGGAGAGAGCACAGUUCAAAGCACCCAACAAGUUAUCAGUGUCUGAAUAUUUAUCUUAGUCUACUUACAGCAGUUUCAGGGGCUGUUGACAUAAGUGACCUACAAACUUGUUACCAGUUAACAGUGUUGGUAGCAAAGGAGUAAAUAGCAUUCUAGCUGAUAAACUUACAAAUGAACAAAGACUUCACAGAUUUUUAGGUUUAAUCAUCAGCAAUAACUAAAAGGCAUUUUAGCCGGCUGUACCCAAUGAGAUCCAUAACAUGAUACAUGUACAUCUAUGACAUUGUUUUUAAGACCACCUUCAGCAGUCACCUGAUAUUAGUCAGUUUUUCCCAAGUGUUUGUAUUAUUGUGCUGUUUUUAUACAUCUUUUUCUUUUAUUUAGUCUCAUUUUGUUAAAGAUCAUUAUAGAUUGUUGAAGUGCUUAUAUGAGGUUAAUAUUAUAAUUAUUUUACCAAUAAAUAAUGUGGAGUGUAAUCUAAAAUAUACAAGUAGAGAUUUCUACUUGUACCAGUUGCUGUGUAUUGGUCAUUGUUGCAUUUUCUGGAGGGAAUCAGCAUCCAUAAACUUUAUUUUCUUUCUUUCAUUUUUAUGGAGCGGAUGUCUGGCAGGUGUCACUUUCAUGUGCCACUUUUCUUUUAAACUUUCCCUCAAGCUGAUGAAUAAUAAGUAUUACAGAAAGAGAAAGUAGUGUGAUGAUCACCUAAGGUCAUUUUCAUGUAAAAUAUUGUUGUUGACAUCUAAGGGUGCAUUUUUGUCAGGAAAAAACACAAAAAUAAUCCUCUGUGAUGAGUGUGUGUGUGUGUGUGUGUGUGUGUGUGUGUGUGUGUGUGUGUGUGUGUGUUAAAAUUCACAAAGCCUUUAGGACAAAAACAUUUUCCUUUUAUAUGUUUGUUUAUUGUUUUUCAAUAAAUACUCAUUAAAGUGCAAAUCAUAACAGCAA